CGUACCUUGGUCUCUUCGGAGGGACCCACGAAAAAGGCAAGUCCCUUCAUUUGCAACUCCGACGACUUUUUGAUCACUGCAGCGAGAUUAGCCACUUAUUAUCUCUGAAAAUGCCUAUACGCUCAUCCUCAUCAGCGGCGUAUAUACAGAAUUCUUCCACAAGUACAAAUGGUGUACCUUCGACGCGCCCAACUUCACUAACGAUUCAUCCGUCCGCGCUCUUCUCGAUCCUUGACCACUACCUUCGGCGAACAGAUGCUCAACAUCGUGUAAUUGGUACCCUUCUUGGUACACGCACAGACUCGACCGUUGACAUCAAGUCUGCAUUUGCUGUCCUCCAUUCGGAGACCGAUGAGCAGGUUGCAGUAGACAUGGACUACCACCGUGCCAUGUACGACCUCUGCAUUCGUGUUAGGCCCAAUGAGACCAUCGUAGGGUGGUACUCAACUGGCUCCGACCUAAACACAUACUCUGCCUUAAUUCAAAAUUUCUACUCCCAAGAGACCGCACCAAAUCAAGCGGUACACGUUGCCCUUGAUACUGGAACUGAGGAGGGAAAGAGUGCUGGAGUGAAGGCAUACGUAAGCUCACCGGUUGGGAUCUUCCCCAAACCCGAAAAUUGUGUAUUUGUUCCAAUCCCUUGCGAACUUCGCUUCCAUGAAGCAGAACGCAGUGGCCUCGACCUGCUGUUGUCUCCUAACCCGUUAUCCAACCAAACCGACCUCGAUGUUCUUGCAUCCUCAUUGACAGACGUGCAAAACAUGCUCAACAGAGUACUUGCCUAUGUGCAAUCUGUCUUGCGCGGUGAGGUUGUAGGGGACAAGGCUGUAGGGAGGUAUCUUAUGGACGUAUUGGGUACCGGCGUAGAGGAAGAUGGCGGUUGGACCGCAGGACUACAGGACACUCUGAUGGUAACAUACCUCGCAAACUUGGUCCGAAGCCAAGCCGAAGUUUCUGCAAGAUUGGCGUUGACCACCGCAGCAUAACGGUGCGUAUUCCUGGUUUCGAUUGCGAUUGAAGCCAUUUAUGUGAUUACCUAGCUUAAAUCCCCCCUUCUUCCGAUAUUCCAAGGUUCCAUCCGCGAAAAAUGGGUGGCUUGUAUCAGUGCACUGUAGUCUGCUGUACCAGUCAUCCUCACAAUCCUGUGUAGAACAGCCGCUUUCGGUAACCCAAGUUGGUGUGUAGUUGCUUCAGAAGAUGAUGCAGUCACCAUCUUUUUU